CAGGGUAAUGUUAAUCGCAUUACGAUUUCGAUAACGAACAGCAGCACUUAAGUGCUAACGUAACUCGCGAUAAGUAGACCACUUUUGGUAGCCCAUCACGAAUUAUAUAGGUACCGGUAGAUUCCUUCACCUCAAGGAUGUCUGUUUUACUGCGACAGUCAUUGUCCCGCUUAACUCCAUUGUCUGCUGUGAGCUGUACGCACCUUCAGCAGCUGCACUCUCAGCAGCCAAGUGUGGACCUGUGCACUCUCACUAAAACCUCUGCAGAGCAGCAAGGUCGUCUUCCAGUGGUACCUGUUUUCAGGCAAGCACUGUCUUUCCCUGCUGAAUCAAUCGCUCUGAGGGAUGCCUACGGAGAGUACACAUACCGUGGAUUAUUCCUCAGCAGCCGACAGUUAGCUGAUCAGCUUACAGACUCAUUUGCCGGAAGACGUGGUGAACGAGUUGCAUUCCUGGCUGGCAAUGAAGCAACUUAUCUGAUUAUUCAGUGGGCAUGUUGGAUGAGUGGUCAAACAGCUGUUCCUCUGAGCAGUGUGCACCCUCCACAACUGUUGGAAUACUUCAUCUCUGACAGUGAUGCAGGAGUAGUUGUUGCAACAACUGAACAUGCUGAUACUCUACAGAAAGCCGCUGGAGACAAGCGCAAAUUUAUUGUCCUUGACUCGACACUACGCACUCUUUCAUCCAGGAAAGCAGAUCAGUUGGGAAGUGAGAAUGUAACCCUACCUGAGGAAGCCCAUGAACUUAAAGGAGGUGGACAAGAACCAGAGUUUUAUGAUGACAAUGAUGCACUUUUCAUCUACACGUCUGGAACAACAGGACCUCCAAAAGGAGUUGUGUUGACUUACCGCAACCUGGAUGCACAGGCACAGUCACUAAUAAAGGCAUGGGAGUGGUCAUCUAAAGACAGCAUUCUGCAUACACUACCUUUACAUCACAUUCAUGGUGUUGUCAAUGCCCUGCUUUGCCCACUCCUCGUUGGUGCCAGAGUUGUUAUGCUACCAAAAUUUGAUGCUCCAACUGUAUGGGCGAAGCUUCUGGCAUUGAAUACAGUGGCUGCAGAAAGAGUCAACAUUUUCAUGGGUGUGCCAACUAUGUAUGUCAAGCUAAUUCAGGAGUAUGACCAUGCAUUUGGCAAUAAUGAACGCAUGAAAGAGUACAUUCAUUCUGUUUGCUCCCAAAAGAUAAGGUUAAUGGUGAGUGGUUCAGCACCAUUGCCAGCACCUAUAAUGGAACGUUGGGAAGAAAUAACUGGCCAUCGUCUUCUGGAACGAUAUGGAAUGAGUGAGACAGGCAUGAUCCUAUCAAACCCCCUUCAUGGAGAAAGAAAGCCUGGAUCUGUUGGACACCCACUUCCUGGUGUCACUGUACGACUAAGUGAUAGUGGUGAAGUGCAGGUGAAAGGGGACAAUGUUUUUUCCAGAUACUGGAACAGGCCACAAGCCACAGCAAAAGAAUUCACAGAGGAUGGAUGGUUCAAGACAGGUGACACAGCUGUUAUAGAGGAUGGCUACUACAGACUGCUCGGUCGGACAUCAGUUGAUGUCAUUAAGACUGGUGGAUAUAAGGUGGGUGCAGUUGACAUAGAAGCCAAGCUGUUGGCGCAUCCAGCAUUGGCAGAUGUUGCUGUACUUGGUGUUGAGGACCCCACCUGGGGACAAAGGGUUGUUGCUGUAGUGGUCCCAGAAGAAAAUAAGACUGUACCAACAAUAGCAGAGCUACGUGAGUGGGCAAAAGGACAUAUGGCACCUUAUGCUAUUCCUACCCAAUUAAAAGUGGUAGAACAGCUGCCACGCAAUGCCAUGGGCAAGGUCAAUAAGAAAGAUCUUAUCAAGCAGCUGUUUCCUUCCAAAAGUACUGGAACAGCAGCGGCUGCUAAAUAGGAAUAUAUGACAGUAAAAAGUAUUGUCUGCUGAAACAAUGCACACAGAAGACUGAAAUGUUGAAGAAGUACAUAGGAAUUACAAAUUAGCAAAAAAGUGUUUUUGGGAAUAAUAAAACAGUGUACAGUAGUCUUUAAAUAAAACCUUUGAAGUAAGAAAAUCGAAAUAUUUUGAAGGAAGCUUAUACAUGAUAGUGACUAAAACACAUGGAAUUAAAAGUUUACUAAAGAUGCAUUUCAUCAUAUUGGUGUGCCUUUCAGAAAAUUAUUUUUAUGAGCUGUUGGAAGACAUACAAAUCUUAUAUAGACCAUAAUGCCAGUUUGUUGAGAAAUUCAAAUUACAUCAUUGUUACACAGGUACAAAUAGGUUGUAAUCAAAAAAUUAGAGGUUAUGAUACUGUCAUUUUGCGAAUUUAUUUAUUCAUACAUGUGCUUUCUGGUAUGCCAGAAAGUCUUGUUUAUGGUGAAAUUUGAUCAGUUUUGUUGGUAACUGAUUAAUUAUAUGUUUCUAUGCAGUUUGCUAGGGCCAAAGUAUCAGUGAUGUACAAGACGAAUGAAGCUAUGCUGCACAUAACUUUAACAAGAAGGAAUUUAACAUAAAUUAAUACUGCUCAGGGAAAGUAGAGAUUAAAGUAGAAAAGUAAGUUGUUGUUACUUUGGGAUUGCUUUAACAACUUUCUAAUGUUUAUUUAUUAUGGUACCAUAAUUUAAUAUGUCACUGUAGUCUUAAUUAAUUGCUUUAAAAAUGUUAUAAUUCCAUAUUUUAAAGACUGAAAAUAUGUAAGCAUUGGGUGUGAGAUGUGAAUACGUAAGCUUGAAGGAAACAUUGUCUCAUAGUGAUUUUUAUGGAACAUCAUUCUGUAUGUUUUGUGGUGUGGCUAAUGUCCUAAUGCAGCAUUUUUUCCCCCAAUGUUAAACUUCCUUUUUCUUUUCUUUCUACUUUCUUCCUUCAACAUUCAUUAAUUGUUGGUCAUAUUAGUGCAAGUAAUACAGUGUGUGGGGGGUAUUAUUUCUUACUAUAGGUGGUAUUCAUUUGUUCCAGUUCAUUACUAUUAAUAUUAGUGCUUUAGUUAUGAUAAAUGGAAGCGAUUAGUGGGAUAUAAAUUAUGUUUUAGAGAACAGACUAAAACAUACCUAUAAGAUGAAAGUUUUGAGAAGUAGAGAGAAAUGUGUAGGAUGAACACAUACGAGAUGUAAAGAGGGACAUGUGUAGGAUGAAAAAAAAACACACACACACAUUUUUGUGGAACAAUCUAACACUUGGUACUUCACCUUAAAGAUGUGUUUAUUAAUUGUUAGUUGUCCAAUUAUCUAUUAUUUACGUCCCUCUACUGCCCAUUUUAACGUGCUUUACAUAUUUUAUUGUGUUAAAAAUCAUUUAUGUUAACUUAUUCUGCCAAAAUAAACAUUGCACUUUUGAAAAAUGCUCCAAUGUAGCAGACAGUUUUUCCAUGUGUGUUCUGUUUUCUUUCAUAUCACAACUUACUUUGGAUUAUUUUAAAUUAUGAGCUUCAAAUGUCUUACAAAGACAUAUGUAGUGUGCUGUGUGUACAUAGGUUUUUGCACAAUACUCUGACACAAAACAGAGAUAAAGUAACUGUCCACGUUUUGGUGAGAGUGGAUUCUUGUUGACUUUUCCCAGUGCAAAGCGCUAAUAAGAAAAUUAUAAGUCAACAUUCUGUUCUGGUUAGAGUAAUUUGUUUGUGUGCAGUUUCUUGUCUAUCAAGUUGUCUCCAUGACAUCUAUGUCUUCCCAUGACUUUUCUCAGAACUUGAAAGGUACUUUUCAUUUGCUGUUUUUUGGUGCUCUAAAUUAGAAUGAGAGUUUCCUUUGUAGAUGUCAAGCACCUUUGAAUAUUCUUGUUUAUAUACAUUAUUGCAUCUUAACAUCCAAAAGCUUCCAUCAAAUAUAUCAGAACCUUAAAAGUAAUUUUAUUUAUAUUGCAGGAACUUUUAGGCUGAAAACUGACUCUUGAGUAGGGCUUGUCCCACUCCCCCCCCAUAAAAGAUUUUAUUUUUACGAAAAUGAUAAGGAGCAUUACUCCUCAAGUAAUGAGUGUCUGUAUUCUUGGUUUCUGCAUGUCCUGUCACAUUCUGGAUCCUACAUGUCUGACACAUUGUUUUUAUUGUUCCAAUAUUUUUAAUACUUUUCUUCUUAUUCCCCAGGUGUUUCUGAGACAUUUUUCUGAACCACUUGUCAUUAAAAAAUAAAAAAAAUAAAAACAUUGAACUUUCCUAUGUUGAAGCUAGUUGAACCAUAC